GCUUUCUGACAGCAAGUCACCAGGAUUUACAUGGGAAUUAUGGGCUGGAUGAUCAGAUCGAAGCGAUUCGGUGGCUCAAAAGAAAUGCGCGCAAUUUUGCUGCUGAUCCAAAUAAUAUUGUUGUUGGAGGGUUGGGCGCUGGUGCUGCAUGCGCAAGCAUUUUGGCUAUAUCGCCGAAGACGAAAGAUAAGUUUCCGGAUUUUUCAUCUUGGGUCUCAUGUAAACUUUGCUGAUUAAAC